UGCAGGCCAGGGCGUACCAGGCACAGCGGCCAGGUACCAUACCGUCAGCGCAAAAGGUCAGGGCAGGUACGAUCCCUUGCAGCCGGGCGAUGUACGUUGCUUUUACUCUCAAGAGGCAGUAUAAGAGCCCUCGCUGGCACGCCUUUCGUCUCUCGAACCACCCGUGUCCCAUCUCUCCACCCCAUGACCCACUGGGUGGACACCUCUCGACAGGACUCACCGUCUUUCGUUGUCACAGAACACAGCACAAGAGAAGUUUUACACACUCGAGAGCUGGAGGGAAAAGAUGUAUGGCUCGCUUCUCAGCCCCUUGAGAGUAGCUCAACUCUCAUGGCAAUCGCUAUGGACCCUGCCCUUUCCUAUCACGUCGUCGUUGAGAAACGCACGGAAGGCGUACCCUCAACUUACGAGCCAGGCACAGCAGCCAGGAAAAGCGUUGCAGACAGUGGCGCUUUCAUUGCCCGAUCUGGAAUGGAAGGAAAGUCAUCCAAGACCAUCUGGCAGGAUUGCAAGCGCCAUCUGGAAGACAUGGCAACCAUAUGGGACGCCUUCGUAGCUGCCCGUCCCGAGGGAGCAUUGCUUUCUGACCCGUACCUACGUGUGCCGGGAAGCACCAUCUUUGUGGACCAAGGUGACAGCGAGGAGCAGUUCAAUGGCAAGAUCGGCGAGUCGUACAUGCGCCUUGUCAAUGUCAUCUUGAGCAAGCUCCAGGAGGCUUGCGCAUGGUGGGCUGAACAAGCAUCGACAUCAGCCUCUGCAAAAGGCAAGGCCAAAGCCCGUUCAGACGUUGUGCUGCCUCUACCUGCAGAUCUGUCUGUACGAGUACAGGCCACUAGCUACCGCAAAGCUUUGAAUGCGGAAGAUGUGUCACUCCCGGCUCUCAGCGCGCUUCAGGGCAAAGCUGAACCAGACUUCAUGGUUGUCUGCCACAAGGACAUCAUUGCUACGAUUGAGAGCAAGCCGGAAUUGAAGGCCAAGGAUACUGGUGUACUGGUACAGGAUCGAGCGAGCCCUUGUGGCACUGAGAGGGGCACCACGCAGAAGGUGCCUAACGAUCGGUGGGCAAAAUUGCUCUUCCAAAUCACCUCGCAGUCAUUGGCGGCCAAGGUCUCCACCGGCCUACUAGUGACUGACUGGGCAAGGAUCCUUCUUCCAUACGAUGUGCAUUCGACUCCAGUCGAAGACGCAAAAGAAGAAGGACCUCCAGCAGUGUCCACUAGGAAGCGCAAGCGCGAGCAGCUCACCGCCAAGCAGGGUGCAGAGGGUCAAGGCACAGGGCCGAGCAAAUCUGACCUGAGCAUUGUAUUCUCCUCGACAAUCUCCCACUGCGAUGCACAGCGGAAAGAUUCGCUGGCGGCUGCCCAGAGGGAGGGUCAGGAAGGGCUCGACGGCAAGUGUUCUGGAGAGCUCGAAUUCACGAGUGAUCCCAACACUGCUAUGUUCAUGGUUGCCUGGAUCCUCAGAGCCUACAGCCUCCACGUCAAGAGGCGCGCGCUCUCUGACCUUGAGGAUGUCCAAGAAGGGCAGCCGGGAGGCUUCGAUCGGCGGGACGAUGAGGAAGCGCCGGGACCCUCUUCCCAGCGAGGCAGAGAUACAAAGGCUGGCCCUGGCGAAAGGUCGUCUGCUCAGGCAGCGCAGAGCCGUCAGGGUUCUUCCACUACUUCUCAUGCGCCGGCUACGGGUCAGAGAAGUCAUCGCCGUCACUCUGCCCCACUUUCGGCCCUCGUCGAUGCACUGCCUUGCAUCAACACCUAUUUGGCAUGUAAUGGCCCUCUCAGAGGGGGCACCUUUGCUACUCUCCACUGGUGUUUCGUCGACUCGGAGUAUCUGAAGACUGGCAGCCCGAGCUUCCGGGAAGGAGGUAAAGAAGUCUUGGGGGGCCGCAUUGGCUUCCCGAGCUCAAGUAACCCUCCUGGUCAGACUGCUGCUAUACUGAAGAUUCAGAGAAUACCGUUCACUGACCAGGAACGAGGGGCUCCACCAGAACCGCGGUUUGAGAGGGGCCCCGGUGCUCAACGUCCGGACAAGGAGGAGAAAAAGGACAUCCGAGAAAGAGCAGAGCGCGAGGUCUCUGCUUUCCAACACUGCAGGGACCUGCAAGGCGUCUAUAUUCCCAAGCUGUAUGGCCUAGUCUCGCCGCGGAAUGAGCCAGUAUCCAGUGCGAAUAAGCUGAUGAUGCAGUACAUUGACGGCCAAGCUCUCGGAACUACUCCCGAAGGGCUCAUUUACUUGUGGCGCAUGGAGAUCAUGGCUGGUGUACACGAUGCCUUCCGAGCACUUCAUUCUAGGGGCCUCGUACACGGAGAUGUCAGCAACAACAACGUUAUGUUGGAGUGGAAAGUUUGGCAAGACGCACAUGUUCAAUCAAGCUCGUCCAAGACUGUCUCCUCUCAAGAAGUCCGAAUGCAUUUGCAAAAGGCGCUGGAGCACAUGGGUACGCACGACGAUAGUCUGACCACCUACACCAGUAAAUCCGCGGGCAUCAUGGCUCUGGGAUGUCGUAAAGCUGUGGACCCCAGCGAUGUCCCUGCGAAUGUCGGCACGUCCCCUUCGCCUCUUGAAAGAAUCAAAACGACGUACACCCCACGUGUAUGGGUGGUGGACUUUGCUGAUUCCAAGAUCUUCAAGGCAAGGCAAGGAAAGAAGGCGAUUGCACUCGAAGACAAGGAGGUGCAGAGAGGUCUGAUCGACUACAUCCAGAAAAUAGUGCAAGAAAUGGCACAACAAGAGACCAACCCUUACUCCUUUGCCGAAGAAAAUUGGAAGAGAGCGGUGGUAGAAACUCAGGACAGAGCAGCAGCGGGCGAGGGAAGGGAUGGUGGGGAGGAAGUCUGAGGUGGUGACAAGAGGGGCUUUCAAUUGCAUUUGUAAUUUUUCAACCGCAUCAACUGUCCAUCGAUCAUCACAAAUCAGGGCUCAGCGCACAGCGUGGCCGAAAGGUAUAGGUGUGAUCCUCAUCUACACUCGAAUUGCGACUCGUCAUCAUCAAGUACACUUAAUUUCAAUUUCUACUCGUCGUC